AUGGAGUUCUUUGCAACAGGCGCAUUUCAGCAGCUCUACAGCGACUUGGAUGACGAGGAGAAUGAACUGCUGUUUGACUUUAGCGAUCCGGAGUCAUCUCUGGUAUCCAUAUCGUCAUCCUCCUCACCGCCAGAGCUCAGUGAUUGGGAGCAGCGACUGCUCGACCAUUUUGUGGAAAUUCCCGAGCUCAUUGACAUACUGCCAGAGCGUACACCUCUCUGCACGGACAUGUGCGACAGUUUCCUGCACGAGAGCAACAACAAUUUGCGACUCGCUGCUCCCAACUCUCCCGCUGCCAGUGACGCAACUGCAACUGCAACUGAAGCUGCAACUGCAACUGCUGCGGCUCCGUUGCAACUCAGCCAGAAUGCCGCCGGCGAGAGAGGCUACCUGUGCACCUUUGGCAGCUGCGAGAAGCUCUACGCCAAGCCCGCCCAUCUCAAGGCCCAUCUGCGUCGUCAUCUGGGCGAGAAGCCCUACGUCUGCAGCUGGCCCGAUUGCAGUUGGCGUUUCUCCCGCUCCGACGAACUUGCCCGCCAUCGACGCUCCCAUUCGGGGGUCAAGCCCUACAAGUGCGAUUACUGUGCCAAGUGCUUUGCCCGCUCCGAUCACCUCACCAAGCAUCGCAAGGUCCACGAGCGACGUCUCCUGGCGGUCACCAGGUCCGGCAAACUGCUACCCAAUGGCUCACUGCCCCAGAGUGUCUAUGCAGUGCGUCCGGGUCGUAAGCGCAAGAAUCAGCUGUGA